GGCCGCGCUCGGUUGUCGCGGGGAGGUGACGUCAGGGCCGCGCGCCGGGAGGCGGAGGAGCCGGCGCGGCGCUCGCUGCUCGCGGCUGAAGAACAGCAGUUUUUCUGCAGAGCAGUCUUCCCUUAAUCAGAGGCAGGCUCAGUGCAGCAGUGACAACCCCAUGGUUUGCUCUGCUUACAGCUGAGUAAUUACCUCUAGUUGCAGUUUUGCUCUUAGCUGCUGUGCUUCACAAGAGAGAUUUUCAUGGAUCUCAACAGUGCUAGCACUGUUGUUUUGCAAGUCUUGACGCAAGCUACUAGCCAAGAUACUGCAGUGUUGAAGCCAGCUGAGGAACAACUGAAGCAGUGGGAGACACAGCCAGGUUUUUAUUCAGUCUUGUUGAAUAUCUUUACAAAUCAUAGCCUGGAUGUGAAUGUAAGAUGGUUAGCUGUGCUGUACUUUAAAAAUGGAAUUGAUCGCUACUGGAGACGGGUCGCACCACAUGCUCUUUCUGAAGAAGAAAAAAGUACAUUGCGUGCUGGACUUAUCACCAACUUUAAUGAGCCAGUGAAUCAGAUAGCAACUCAGAUCUCUGUACUGAUUGCUAAAGUUGCCAGAGUGGACUGCCCAAGGCAAUGGCCAGAGCUUAUACCCACUCUUGUAGAAUCUGUGAAAGUGCAGGAUGAUCUUCAACAACACAGGGCGCUACUUACGUUCUACCAUGUUACCAAGACCCUGGCAUCCAAACGGCUUGCUGCGGAUAGGAAGCUUUUCUAUGAUCUUACAUCAAGUAUUUAUAGCUUUGCAUGUUCCUUGUGGAAUCACCAUACAGAUACAUUCCUACAACAGAUUUGUACAGGGGAUGAAGGUGCAGCUGCAAAUUCACUAGAAAGGACCUUGUUGUCGUUGAAAGUGCUUCGGAAACUAACGGUCCAUGGCUUUGUAGAACCUCAUUGGAAUGCAGAGGUGAUGGGUUUUCUACAUGCUGUAUUUGAACGGCUGAAACAGUUUCUGGAGUGUAGUAGAAGUAUAAGAGCAGAAAGCAUAUGCAGAGAUCGUCUAGAAAAGACCAUAAUUCUGUUCACUAAAGUGCUUUUGGACUUCCUGGAUCAACAUCCUUUCUCAUUCACUGCUUUGAUUCAGAGAUCCCUGGAGUUCUCUGUAAGCUAUGUUUUCACAGAAGCUGGUGAAGGAGUUGUAUUUGAGCAGUUUAUUGUACAAUGCAUGAAUCUCAUUAAGAUGAUUGUAAAAAAUUAUGCAUACAAACCAUCCAAAAAUAUUGAAGAUAGCAGUCCUGAAACUCUUGAAGCACAUAAGAUCAAGACAGCUUUUUUCACAUACCCAACACUAAUGGAAAUAUGUCGGAGAUUAGUCACUCAUUAUUUCCUGCUGACAAAGGAAGAAUUGACUAUGUGGGAAGAGGAUCCAGAAAGCUUCACUGUAGAAGAGACUGGAGGAGAUUCUUGGAAGUACAGUCUCAGACCAUGCACAGAAGUCCUUUUUAUUGAUAUUUUUCAUGAGUAUAAUCAGACCCUUACCCCAGUGCUUUUAGAAAUGGUUCACAGUCUACAAGGAUCUACCAACGUGGAAAACACCAAUGCUAUACUGAUUAAAGAUGCUGUGUAUAAUGCGGUUGGACUGGCUGCCUAUGAACUGUUUGAUAGUGUGGAUUUUGAUCAAUGGUUUAAAAAUCAGCUAUUAGCAGAACUACAGGUUUCUCAUGACAGGUAUAAACCAAUACGCCGACGAGUAAUAUGGCUGAUUGGACAAUGGGUUUCUGUAAAAUUCAAAUCAGACCUGAGACCUGUUUUAUAUGAAGCAAUUCGUAACUUGCUUCAAGACCGUGACUUAGUGGUGCGUAUUGAGACAGCUACGACACUGAAGUUAACUGUGGAUGACUUUGAGUUCAGAACUGACCAGUUCUUACCGUACCUGGAGUCCAUGUUUACACUGCUCUUUCAGCUACUUCAGGAAGUAACACAAUGUGACACCAAAAUGCAUGUUCUUCAUGUUUUGUCCUGUGUGAUUGAAAGAGUCAAUAUGCAGAUACGACCAUAUGUGGGAUGUUUGGUUCAGUAUUUACCACUCCUUUGGAAGCAGAGUGAGGAGCACAAUAUGCUGCGAUGUGCCAUUCUAACCACCCUAAUCCAUCUCGUCCAGGGACUGGGAGCAGACAGCAAAAAUCUCUACCCUUUUCUACUUCCAGUUAUCCAGCUAAGUACAGAUGUUUCUCAGCCUCCACAUGUCUAUCUUCUGGAAGAUGGUUUAGAGCUGUGGUUAGUGACAUUGGAGAAUAGUCCAUGUCUUACACCAGAACUCCUGAGAAUAUUUCAGAAUAUGUCUGCCCUUCUUGAGCUGAGUUCAGAAAAUCUCAAAAAUUGCUUUAAGAUCAUCAAUGCUUAUAUUUUCUUGUCUUCAUCUGAAUUUUUGCAGAUGUAUGCUGCUGACUUAUGUCGGUCAUUUUGUGAGCUUUUGAAGGACAUAACUAUUGAAGGUCAAGUUCAAGUUUUAAAGGUCGUAGAAAAUGUCCUAAAAGUCAACCCUGUGUUGGGUCCUCAAAUGUUUCAACCCCUUCUGCCAUCAGUAUUCAGGGGGAUUAUAGAUGGGGAGAGAUACCCAGUGGUGAUGUCUACUUAUCUGGGGAUCAUGGGUAGAGUUCUACUACAAAAUGCAAGGUUUUUUUCAUUACUUUUGAGCCAGAUGGCAUGUGAAUUGGGUCAGGAGUUGGACCAAAUUCUUGGUAACAUGAUUGAAAUGUGGGUUGAUCGGAUGGAUAACAUCACUCAGCCAGAAAGAAGAAAACUUUCUGCUUUGGCAUUGCUUUCUCUUCUGCCAUCAUUGAACAGUGUUAUCCAAGAUAAAUUUUGUGGUAUCAUCAACAUUUCAGUUGAAGGACUGAAUGAUGUUAUGACUGAAGAUUCUGAAACAGGAACAUACAAAGACUGCAUGUUAAUGUCUCAUUUUGAAGAGCCCAAAGCUACAGAAGAUGAGGAACCCCCCACAGAACAAGACAAAAGGAAAAAAAUGCUUGCACUGAAGGACCCAGUGCACACUGUGUCACUGCAGCAGUUCAUCUAUGAGAAGUUAAAGGCACAGCAGGAAUUACUGGGAGAACAAGGUUUUCACGCCCUUAUGGAAACCGUGGAUACAGAAAUAGUUGCCCAGCUACAAGAAUUUUUACAAGGCUUCUAAAUAAGCAGAAAAAAGAUUUUCUAUGGCAAAUUUUUAUUUCAAAAAUAUGAAGGAACUCUAGCCUUCAGUUCUUAUAUGGAUGAGUCUGAUGAAAGGUGAAAAUAACUUGUGACAAAAUAAUAAAAAAAGUUUUCUGCUGUUACUCCUAAACUAUGCUUGUUUUGGGGGGAUUUUUUAAUGAUAAAAGGUUAAUUAAAGUUUCUGUCAUUAAGCUGACAUUUCCAUGAUUCCUAACAUGGCAUGUGCUGCCCUAGGUAGUACCAUUUUUUGAUACCCUUAACUGUGCUUUUGGUUCACAAAGGUAUGUCAUAAAGUCAUCAAUCUGAAGGAACUUACUAAUGUGUAUUAAAGGGAAGCAUCUGUUAAUUCAGCACUAUAAUUCAGUAUCAGGAGCUGCUUCUUUAAUACUGUUGAUCUGUAACUUUCUCCCUUCCUAUUUCUCUUUUUAGACUGUAUGUUCAACCUUACAAACAGAAGGAUUUAGGAAAGUUGUAAGACUGUAAACAGAAAUAUUCCUUCACAAGAGAAAAAUAAUUCCCAUUUGAAUUGUCUCAGAGAAAAAGAAACUUUGAUUGUAACACUUAAAUUGUAUUUGAAUUCUUGGAGAACAUCAGUAUAGAUUUCUGUCUGAAGAUGUGAGUUUUCAUUUUUAUCACCAUUAUUUUAUUUCUGUUACCAAAAAUUUAAUUUGUGUUCCUUCUAUUUCACUUUUAGCUGUCAUAACACAGAGAAACUCACCAGAGGUAGAUGAGCAAUUAAUUGUAGUCAAUUUGUGGCCGUACCUGGACUACUUAAGAUUACCAUGUACAGUAUCUCAAUUCUUUGUGUUUUUUUUCAUCAAAGGCAUGUCAUGAGGAUACUUCAGAAUUGUUGCUAAAAUGUUUAAGCCAAAAUGGUCACAGCAAUUAUUUACAAACAAGGGGGGCUCACUUUCCUUAUUUAUUAGCUACCUGCUGGGUAAAGCUCCUCCUUUCUAUGUGCCUUUGUCUUUUGUACCUUGCAGGUGGAAGCAGGAAGAAAAUGCUGAUUUCCCUUUUGAGAUUUUUCCUUUUAAGUAGUGAUCUUCCAUUUUCAAAGUUGAGAUUAACUUUUCCUCACUAAGGGGUGAUUCAGCUAUUAAAUCAGAUAAUUUUUUUCCAGAGGGGAUUAGCUGUUUAAAGACACCUACAAGCUUUUGAUAAUCUUACUAGAUUACCAGAUGCUUUUAAAAAUAUGAGCCUUUUUUAUUGAUGUUUUGGGGAUUAAUCUCUUUUAAAACCUUCCCUGUGUUUGUAGAGGAAGGCUCAUCUUUCUCUCCUUUUUUGGCAUUAGUGUCAGAGACUGUUUGGGCUCUCACAGUUCUAAAUGCAAAACCUCCCCUGUCCCCUGCUGUCAACAUCUAUCAGGAGUAGUUGUGUGAGAACUCAGCUCAUUGUUUUCUGCAUUUUACCUUGGUAUAGGGAGGAUUGCCAGGAGAAUUGCUACUCUUUGUUUGUAUGUUAUGUGUAUGUCAUUCCCUCAAUCAUCCACCGCCCCAAUCUCAUAAUAAAGAUGUUUAUCUGAUUACAUUUGGUACUUGCAA